GAAAUUAUUUUUCCCCAAUAGGUUAACAACUUUUUUUGUUUUUUAUUUCAAUUAUUACUACAAAUAAAUUGAUUUUUAAAACAUCUGUAAUAUUACGUUAAAUAAUAAUAAAAAGUGACAAUUAUUUUGUCGGUUUAGUUGACAUUAGACUUAAUAUUUGUUUCAAAUAAUUUUCAUUACAAUUAUUGAUUAUAAAUCAUGUCCAGCAAAGAGAGUCGUGAAUUUGAUAUAAUAGUUUUAGGCGCCAGUGGUUUCACCGGUCAAUUCAUUACCGAAGAGUUGGCCAGAAGUGCACCAAAAGAGGGCAUCAAAUGGGCGAUCAGUGGCCGUAAUAGAGAAAAACUGUCGCAAGUGUUGAUCACUGCCACAAAAGAGACGGGAAUUGAGUUGUCAGACAUUGCUAUCAUUGAAGCCGAUGUCCAGUCGGAUGAGUCGUUGCGUGCGAUGACUGGGCGCACACGUCUUGUCCUCAACGCUGUCGGUCCUUAUUGUCUAUUAGGCGAACCAGUGGUCAAAGCAUGCAUAUUGACGGCAACCAAUCACAUGGACAUCAGCGGUGAAAAUAAAUAUAUUGAAACAUUGUAUUCAAAAUACGAUAACUUAGCCAAAGAAAAGGGGAUCUAUUUGAUCAGCACUUGUGGUUACGAUUGUAUACCCAAUGAUAUAGGCGUUCAGUACUUGAAGAAGCACUUCCCCGGAGAUAUCAACGAAGUUGAAUCAUAUAUGAAAAUCAAUGCGGGAAACAAAGGAUUUGUUAUCAAUUGGGGAACUUGGAAGUCGAUGAUACAUGGCUUUGAUGUCAUUGAUGAGUUAAAACGAUUAACGACACCGAAACAGAUGACAGAUUCAAAGUUUAAAUUGAGAUCAAAAAACCUACCGUUUGUUGACAAUUACACAGACGGCUGGUGUCUACGAUUCCCGGGUAGUGACCAAUCAGUGGUACAGCGCACACAACAAUACAGAUAUGAGAAGUUUAAUGAGAGACCGACACAGAUUGAUGUUUACUUUAGUUAUCCUAAUAUUUUCAUACUUAUCGGUGUUAUGCUAUUGGCCGUUGUAUUUACCUUACUAUCAAUGUGUCGAUGGGGUCGUUCACUACUUGAAUCCUAUCCCGAGAUAUUCUCGUUUGGCACACACACUAAAACAGGUCCCACUCGACAACAAUUAAAGGAUAUCACAUGUAAGACAACACUUGUGGGCAAAGGUUGGUCCGAAAAAUUGGUGGAUCCAAGUGAUGAACCAUCAGUACCACCAAAUGUUACAACUGUUGUCGUAUUUGAAGGCAAAGAUCCUGGAUAUACGGUUACCAGUACUUGUUUGGUUCAAUCGGGCAUUACUUUAAUCAAGGAGUUCGACAAAUUGCCCAAAAAUGGUGGUGUCCUAACACCUGGAUCUGCAUUCAGUGAUACUGGAAUCUAUGAUCGCUUGAAAGCUAAUGGUAUAUCUAUUGAAAUAAUCAAAUAAUUGAAAUGUUGCGGAUGUUAUGAUGAAAAAUUCAGUCCAAAAUAUAUGCCAUU